AUGAGUAGCUCUUUCUCAGCCAAAAUGGAACUGGCUAAAGAUAUGAAGGAGGAGGAUAAGUUGUACAGAUAUAAUGGAGUGCUGUACCCUGUCAUCAUGAGUCCAGUGGAGAACCUAAAGGCUAUGGAGAGGCUGGAAGCAAGAGCAGAUGAUGUAAUGUUAGUUGCAUAUCCCAAAUGUGGUUUUAAUUGGAUGGUGGCGGUACUUCGUAAAAUACUAGCAGCAGCAACUGGUGAGAAAGCAGAGUCCCAAAUCCCUCCAUUGAUGGAGUUCUUUGGGCCAGAAAUGCAGCAGGCUAUUCACAAAGCACCGUCCCCCAGAUUUCUAGGGACACACAUGCACCCAGAUAACAUUCCUGCAUCCUUCACCACAAAGAAAACAAAGAUGCUGGUGAUAUUCAGGAACCCGAAAGACACAGUGGUUUCCUUUUAUCACUUCUCCAACAAAAACCCAUGUCUACCCACUGCCGAGUCCUGGGACCGCUUCUUCUCAGAGUUUAUGAGUGGAAAAGUUCCCUGGGGUUCAUAUUUCGACCAUGUACUUGGUUGGGAGAAGAGAAUGGAUGACCCUAACGUGAUAAUAGUCACCUUUGAGGAGUUAAAACAGGACCUGAGUGAAGGUGUGCGAAGGGUCUCUGAGUUCUUUGGUUUCAGUCUCAGUGAUCCUCAGAUCCAGGCCAUUGCAGAGGAGAGCACCUUCAACGCUAUGAAGGAGAGCUCCAAUGACUCACACGGCCAGAUGGGCAACGUCUUGUUCAGGAAAGGUGAAGUAGGAGACUGGAAGAACCAUUUCAGCCCAGCCCAAAGCCAGGAGAUGGACACAGCAUUUGAGAAGCACCUGGCAGGGACUAAACUGGGGGCUAAACUGAAGUAUGACCUGUACUGCAAGUAG